AAAGUUUCGCGCAGCUCCAGCAGAUUCAUCAUUGCAGAGUGUGCUGGGAUCGGAUUCACACUACAGGGAUCAGAUUGGGACUGCUGGGAGCUGCAGUUUGCAGGAUUACUGCAAUGGAUCUGGAAAAUAUGCUUUUACAUCUUGUAUCCCUUUUAUGUUUAGGGUCAUGGGCUCUUGCAGAAGUACCUGAGCUGGGAGAUGUUUGUACAGAGGGAAGCUGUUAUCCCGCAACGGGAGAUCUUCUCAUCGGAAGAGCUCACCAACUUUCUGCAACCUCAACAUGUGGAAUUCUAAAACCUGAACCGUUCUGUAUUGUCAGUCAUUUGCAGGAGCAGAAGAAGUGCUUUGUGUGCGAUUCCAGGGAUUCCUACGAUGAGAGCACAAAUCUGUUUACCGGACACAGAAUUGAAAAUGUUGUGACCACGUUCGCCCUGAACCGCUUGAAGACUUGGUGGCAGUCGGAAAAUGGUUUGGAGAACGUCACAAUCCAGUUGAACCUUGAGGCCGAGUUCCACUUCACCCACCUCAUCAUGACCUUUAAGACUUUCCGGCCGGCUGCCAUGGUGAUUGAGCGUUCGUCAGAUUUUGGGAAUACGUGGCAGGUGUACCGUUACUUUGCCUAUGACUGUGAGUCCAGCUUCCCCUCCAUCUCACAAGGACCCAUGAAGAAAGUGGACGACGUUAUCUGCGAUUCGCGCUACUCCGACAUUGAACCUUCAACUGAGGGCGAGGUCAUCUUCAGGGUGUUGGAUCCAGUUUUCAGGAUUGAUGAUCCAUACAGCCCCAGAAUCCAAAACAUGUUAAAGAUUACCAAUCUGAGAGUGAAGUUCACCAGGCUGCACACACUGGGCGACAACCUUCUGGACUCGCGCAUAGAGAUCAAAGAGAAGUACUACUACGCAAUUUACGACAUGGUGGUGAGGGGAAACUGUUUUUGCUACGGUCACGCGUCUGAGUGCGCCCCCGUUGACGGAGCCGGAGAGAUUGUGGAAGGGAUGGUCCAUGGCCAUUGUAUGUGUAAUCAUAACACAAUGGGUCUAAACUGUGAGCGCUGUCAGGACUUUUAUCAUGACCUGCCCUGGAGGCCAGCAGAGGGACGCAACACCAACGCCUGUCAAAGGUGCAACUGUAAUCUCCACUCGGACUCCUGUCAUUUCGACAUGGCCGUGUAUCGUGCAUCGGGCAACAUCAGCGGCGGUGUGUGUGAUGACUGCCAGCACAACACCACGGGCAACAAGUGCGAGCAGUGCAGGCCUUUUUUCUACCAGCAUCCGGAGAGGGGCAUCCGCGAUCCCAACAUCUGCGAGCCCUGUAACUGCGAUCCCGUUGGCUCUCUCAAUGGAGGAAUCUGCGACGCGCUAACAGACGUGUCUCUCGGGCUGAUCUCGGGUCAGUGUCGCUGUAAGCCCAAUGUGGAGGGAGAACGCUGUGACCAGUGCAAACAGGGCCAUUACGGACUCAGCGAAGAUCCUUUAGGAUGCCAGCCAUGCACUUGCAACUCUUUAGGGACGUUACCCGGCAGCAGUCCAUGCGAUACCGACUUAGGAAACUGCUACUGCAAACGUUUGGUUACCGGACGGAAUUGCGAUCAAUGCCUGCCUGAGCAUUGGGGUCUCAGUAAUGACAUGGAUGGCUGCCGAGCAUGUGACUGUGAUCACGGAGGUGCCAUCAACAACCAUUGUUCCCCUGAAACCGGGCAGUGCCAGUGUCGUGAGCACAUGUUCGGCAGACGCUGCGACCAGGUGGAGUCCGGUUUUUACUUCAUUGCUUUGGACCACUACACUUACGAAGCAGAAGAUGCCAAGUUUGGACCUGGUGUGACGGUUGUCCCAAGAAAUUACCCUCAUGACAGAUCCCCCACUUGGACUGGUAUCGGUUUUGUGAAUGUUCCCGAAGGAGCCUAUCUCGAAUUCAGCAUUGACAACAUCCCCUAUUCAAUGGAGUAUGACAUCAUCAUCCGAUACGAACCUCAGUUGCCAGAACAGUGGGAAGAAGUGUUGAUGACUGUCAUCAGGCCUCGCGUCAUCACCGCCGACAGUCGAUGUGCCAACACGAUGCCUGAUGAUGACAACCAGAUGGUGUCUUUGCAUCCUGGAUCCAGGUAUGUGGUGCUGCCCAGACCCGUGUGUUUUGAGGAGGGUUUGAAUUACACCAUCCGCCUGAGUCUCUCGCUCUACUCGGCUCUCAGCGACAUCCAGUCCCCGUACACGCUUAUCGAUUCGAUUGUGCUGAUGCCACGCUGCAAAAACCUGGACAUGUUCUCUGGCCAUGGAUCAGAGGGAGGGGACUUGAUGACCAACAACGCCUGGGAAACCUUCCAGCGAUACCGCUGUCUGGAGAACAGCCAAGCUGUUAUAAAAACUCCCAUGACCGAUAUCUGCAGAAAUUACAUCUUCAGUGUCUCAGCUCUUCUGCACCAAGGAGUUAGAGCAUGUGAGUGUGAUCCUCAAGGGUCUCUGAGCACCGUCUGUGACCCGAACGGUGGGAAGUGCCAAUGUCGAUCUAAUGUGGUCGGUCGUAACUGCGACAAAUGUGCCCCAGCCACCUUCCUGUUUGGACCACAGGGCUGCAGGCCUUGUGAUUGCAGUCCAGAAGGGUCUGUUCAUAGUUUCUGCCAUGAAGGCACUGGUCAAUGUGUCUGUAUUCCUGGGGCAUAUGGGCGACAGUGUGACCGUUGUUUGCCUGGACACUGGGGCUUCCCUAACUGUCGCCCCUGCACCUGCAAUGGCCACGCUGAGGAGUGUGACGCCUACACUGGACAGUGCCUCACCUGCAGGGACCACACCACUGGCCACAACUGCGAGAGGUGUCUCAAUGGUUACUACGGUGACCCUGUUUUGGGUUCUGGAGACCACUGCCGCCCCUGCAUGUGCCCCGAUGGACCAAACAGCGGUCGACAGUUCUCUGGGGCGUGCUAUAAGAAUUUCGACUCGGACCAGGUGUUCUGUGUCUGUAACCAGGGAUAUAAAGGUGCCAGAUGUGAAGAGUGCGCCCCGGGUUAUUACGGAAACCCACACGAGGUGGGCGGAGAGUGCCGACCCUGUCAGUGCAAUAACAACAUUGACAUGAUGGACCCUGCUUCCUGUGAUGCCCGCACUGGUGCCUGUGUAAAAUGCCUGUACCAUACAGAGGGCGAGGGUUGUGACCGCUGCAAGCUCGGUUACUAUGGCAAUGCCCUAAAUCAGAGUUGUAGAAAGUGUGUGUGUAACCAUAUGGGCACUGCUGAAGAGAUGUGCCCCUCUCAGGGUAACUGCAACUGUGAUUUAAGCAGUGGUCAGUGUCAGUGUUUGCCCAACGUGGUGGGUCAGCACUGUGAUCAAUGCGCGCCGGACACCUGGAAUAUGGCCAGCGGUAAAGGCUGUGAGAUCUGCGACUGUGAACUCGAUCAUUCCUCAAGCACUUCCUGCAAUGAGAUCACUGGCCAGUGCGUAUGUAAACCCGGGUUUGGUGGCAGAACUUGCAGAGAGUGUAGGGAACUCUUCUGGGGCAACCCUGAGGUCAAAUGUCAUGCAUGUGACUGCGACCCAAGAGGCAUCGAAGAGCAGCAGUGCAACAAGGUCACAGGUCACUGCGUCUGCGUGGAGGGCGUGUCCGGGCCCAGAUGUGACACGUGUGCGCGUGGUUACUCGGGCGAGUUCCCACACUGCGAGCGGUGCCACCAGUGCUUCGCCGAAUGGGACAUAAUUGUAGGCGACCUCACCAACCAAACACAUCGACUGGUCCAAAAGGUCAAUACCAUCAAGGCCAGCGGCGUUACGGGACCCUACCAAGCCACCAUCAAUAGCAUCGAGAGCAGCGCCGACUCGAUUCGUGACAUCCUGGCAGACAACCCAGCCACUGAGCCUCUCGCUGAAAUCCAGGGGCUUCUCGAGCAAGCCACUGCCUUAAUGGCUGAAAUGAACAAAAACCUUAACCUGACGGAAGAUACUCUGUCCGAGAUCUCCUCAGACAACAACAGCACGGUCAUUAAGCUAAACACUCUCAAAGAAGAAGCUGAGAAAUUGAAAGACACUGUGAAAGACCUGCAAGAACAGGUGGAGUUUGUGAAGAACUCGGACGUUCGCGGAGCCAGAGCUAGUGUGGCCCGCUAUUACAAACAGUCCCAGGAGGCGGAGGUCCGUGCAAACGCCUCCACUAUCGACCCAUACAACCUGGUCAAUCAGUCUGCCACCAUAAGAAGCGAGACAGAAGAUUUGAUGAACCAGACCAAAGAAGAGUUUAUUCAAAGGCAGGACGAGUUUUCCAAGCAACUGGACAACUUGGCUGGACAGCUGGAGACUCUAGAUUUGUCCGAGCUUAGCGAGAAGACAUGUGGAAGUCCAGCUGGCUCGGAGAACUGUGCUGACUCCCCCUGCGGAGGCCUGAGCUGUUUGGAUGCGGAUGGAAACAGGAAAUGUGGAGGAGAGGGCUGUGACGGCAUCACCACACUGGCCCACAAUGCCUGGCAGAAAGCCAAAGACUUUGACCUGGAGAUUAUCAGCGCCAUGGAGGAAGUCGACAAGCUUUCCAAAAUGGUGUCAGAAGCUAAAGUCAAAGCAGAUGAGGCGAAGCUAAAUGCUCAGGAAGUUCUGACAAAGACCAACGAGACAAAGCGGCGAGUGGACGACAGCAACGAGGAGCUCCGUCAGCUCAUCAAACAGAUCAGAGACUUCCUUACUCAAGAUGGAGCCGACCUGGAGAGCAUUGAGGCCGUGGCCAAUGAAGUUCUGCAGAUGCAGGUGCCCACAACUCCAGCUCAGCUACAGAACCUGACGGCGGAGAUCAGGGAGCGAGUGGAAAGUUUGUCAGACGUGGAGGACAUCCUUAACCAAAGCGCGGCUGACAUACUGAAAGCAGAAGCCCUGUUGGAACAAGCCCGCAAGGCCAGGAAAGAGGCUUCAGAUGUAAAAGAAACAGCUUUCAUGGUGAAGGAGGCUUUGGAGCAAGCCGAACAAGCCCAGACAUCUGUAACCGAGGCCUUAAAACAGGCCACAGCUGACAUCAGAGGAACACAAGCCUUACUGGUCUCGGUGGAAUCAGAGACGUCCGAUUCAGAGCUCAAGUUAAGUAACGCCACUCGAAGGCUCCUGAAGUUGGAAAGCGAUGUCGCUCUGCUGAAAGAAAAAGCUCUCAACACGUCCAUCAGUGUUAACAGCACAGAAAACGAUGCAGAGAGCAUCAACCAGCUGGCCGAGCAGCUCAAAAAGGAAUUGGAUACAGAGCUGAAAGACAAGUACAGUACUGUAGAGGGGCUCAUCACAGACAAAGCAGAAGUUGUGGCAGAGGCAAAGAAAAACGCAGAGAAACUUCAAAAGGAGGCCAAAGAUUUACUGCUGCAGGCCAACAACAAACUUAAGCUACUUAAAGAUCUUGAAAAGAGCUAUGAUGAGAAUCAGAAGUUGCUGGAGGAUAAAGCCAAUGAGCUGGUGGAUCUAGAGAAAGCUGUGAGGGAUCUACUUCAGGAGAUCAGUCACAAAGUCACCGUCUACAGCACCUGUCUCUUUUAACAUGAAAACCCUCUAUUAGGUUGUUAAAUAUUAAUGUGUUAAAUUUUAUUUGGUAAAAUGUAACAAAAUGUUCAACUUAUGAAUGGAUGUUGCAAACGUCCGAGACCACGAGAGAAUGUCAUUUGGAUUUUAUAAAUAUAACAGACCAAAGAGUGAAUGUAGUACGAUAUGCCCAAAUGAACUAUGCGACUGCAAUUUAAUAAGUUAAAAGUUUUUUAAAUAAAAAGUUUUUUACUUUUAUAGACAAUAUGGAAAAAAAAAUUAUCAUGAAAAACAGUAAAUUCAUGUUAGCAAUACUGAAAUGUGAAGUGUCAUUAUUUCUAUUAACUUGUGUUGGGAGACUAAAAAGUCUUUUCAUAAGUAUAAAACUAAAGAAGAAGCUUGUUUUCAGUGAAAGUUUUGUAAAUAUACUUAAAUACCAGAUAGACCAGUUAAAUAAAGUUAUACACUACAAAUAUACUAUUUAAAAGUAUAGUUAACUUCAGUAGUACUUUAGUGCAUUUGAAAGUAAAAGUAUACUAAAUACCAGUAUUUGAUUUUAGUGUAGCCUAUUAAAAAUUAUCUUAAAAAUUGUAUUUAUAUGAAAUUAUUAUAGGAACGUAUUUCUGCAUUAAAUUGUACCUUAUAUUGGUGAGCAUAUAAAAUUUUUAGAUAUUUUUACAACGCCACUUAGAAAAGUGCUAAUUCUGUUGGAAAUUAAUACAAUUUUCAUCAAGAAAAAGAAUCAAGUUUAUAAUCAGGGGGUCAUUUCCACAUAUGUAAGGUUCUUUUAUAGGUUUAUUUUUUAUUAAUUUUAUGAUUAUAUGCUGGCCCAUUUUUAAUCAACUUGAUUAAAAAACCAAAAAAAUAAUUUAAUUGAAUAAUAUACAAAUAGUGAGUUUUGAACAAUAUUUACUAUUAUUUUUUGAUUGCUUAAAAUGUGUCCCACAUAUUCGUCACCACCAUAGACAUUAUAGACGUAGACGCCUCGUAUUGCGCGGCCGCCAUCUUGGACAGGUCUCCAAUGCGCCCCCUUGCAUUCAUUUCUAAUGGAAUAAUCAUAACUCCCCGAAUUUUUACACGGUUUGAUUUGUUACAAACGGCAGAGAUUUAGU